CCUGCUCCAGAUUCCACUCUGCUCCUACAUCAAAUUCAUCCUCCUCCGUAGCUCACGUUCAUAGAGGGAGACUUCCCAAACGAAGACUCCAGGUUACUGAAACGAACACAAGGCUUUAGCAAGCCACCCAAUGUAGGAAGAAUUACCUCCCAUCCGUUCUAGCUACUCCACACUGGCCUUAAAAGCGCCUACUUUUCUUUCUUCACAGAGAUGUAUAAAGUUUGAUUAAAUUGCGUAUAGAGACAUGCUUUGUUUUGUAAAAAGGGGACAUAGACCCUUCCUCGUAGACUUGCCCCCAUUGAUUUGCCCUCGAGUAGCUGAACUAGGGGAACUCAAAACUAGCUACUAGGAAAAAAUCCCACUAUUUGAACAUCAAGCUUGUGGACAAGUUGCUUCCCUUUCUGUGCUUUUAUGCUGGCCUCUUCGACCUUUCUUGGGUUCACUAGAAAUGUCAUCAAAGCUCUCUCUUCCUAUCCGACCUAAGGCAACCAUCAAACCCUGUCGGAUACAAGUCUACUAUAAUCGGCUGAUCUGUUUACCCGAGUUAGACCGCUAGCAUCUUACCAACCAUCUUCAGUCCCUACCCUAAUAUUUCUCUAUCCCAUCACGAGCAAUCGAAUGACUUUUGGGAAAUGUGAAAGAAAUUUUCGAACCGGUUAGAGAGCUCAUUCAAGCUUGAGCCUUGUUCGGAAAAAUCCAAUCGCUCUCGCCUGAUGCCCUAUCUUUCGCCUAGGUGGAGAGGAGGCCCAUUCGACAACCAUAAUAGGCUCUAUAACUGGAUCACGCACGCUAAGAACACAGCGGAUUAGAGGGGACAAGAGGCUCCACUCAUCAAAGUGUGAGACGCAAAGAUUCUGCCUAGAAGCAAGCUACCCUCUUUGUCACUUUCAAAUCAAUAAUAACGAUGUCAUCGAUAUUCCAAUCCGAUCUUUUCUUUCUUCACCCCUACGUACGGCAGGCCCUUCUUCGACGAGUGCCCUUUCCCCAGCCUCCAAUUGUCUCAGAAGAGAAGACUAAGCUCAGACGAAUUGCAGUCCGCCCCGUCCCCUCCUUAGUGACUUUGGUCAGGAAAGGAAAUAGGGCAAUAAAUAGAGCUUCGACUUAGAAUUAGACCUUCUGUAGAUGGAACUUCAGACUUCUGGAUAGGCUUGAGAAAGCCUAGACCAAAGGUGCCUAAUAGCCUAGCCAGACUCAUCGGGUAGGGAAUCCCAUCCUCAGAGAAGCCAGUAAGCAAGCCCAAGUCCACGCAAGAAGGCCCGCUAGAUCUAUCCAAAUUCAAAGCCCAUAGAGACGAAGGCCAAAGUAUUGACUGAAGAGGGGGGCAAAGAGAUAUUCGCCUUUGACUUCUUCUCCGCCUACUGACUGCUACUCGGCUAGAUGCUCCUAUUUCUUAUUCGUAGAUCGUAGAUUAAGAUGUUAUUAGGUAAGGAAAGUCAGUCCUUUCAUUCCUUUCUGAGAAUAGAUCCCCAAUAGCUCGCAGAUGCGGAAUUCUUCUGCUACGACCCUUAGGCGAGCUAAUCAGUCUUGCUUUGCCAAAAAAUCCCUCCUCACUCCCCCUUUUUCAAUAAAUAAGCCCCGCGGGCCCCUCUUUGAUAAGGAAGGAAACGAAAUAAUCUCAAUUUUAUGACAAAUCUGGUCCGAUGGCUGUUCUCCACUAACCACAAGGAUAUAGGGACUCUUUAUUUCAUCUUCGGUGCCAUUGCUAGAGUGAUGGGCACAUGCUUCUCAGUACUGAUUCGUAUGGAAUUAGCACGACCCGGCGAUCAAAUUCUUGGUGGGAAUCAUCAACUUUAUAAUGUUUUAAUAACGGCUCACACUUUUUUAAUGAUCUUUUUUAUGGUUAUGCCGACGAUGAUAGGUGGAUCUGGUAAUUGGUCUAUUCCAAUUCUGAUAGGUGCGCCUGACAUGGCAUUUCCACGAUUAAAUAAUAUUUCAUUCUGGUUAUUGCCUCUAAGUCUCUUGCUCCUAUUAAGCUCAGCCUUAGUAGAAGUGGGUAGCGGUACUGGGUGGACGGUCUAUCCGCCCUUAAGUGGUAUUACCAGCCAUUCUGGAGGAGCAGUUGAUUUAGCAAUUUCUAGUCUUCAUCUAUCUGGUGUUUCAUCCAUUUUAGGUUCUAUUAAUUUUAUAACAACUAUCUUCAACAUGCGUGGACCUGGAAUGACUAUGCAUAGAUCACCUCUAUUUGUGUGGUCCAUUCUAGUGACAGCAUUCCCACUUUUAUUAUCACUUCCGGUACUGGCAGGGGCAAUUACCAUGUUAUUAACCGAUCGAAACUUUAAUACAACCUUUUCUGUUCCCGCUGGAGGGGGAGACCCCAUAUUAUACCAGCAUCUCUUUUGGUUCUUCGGUCAUCCAGAGGUGUAUAUUCCCAUUCUGCCUGGAUCCGGUAUCAUAAGUCAUAUCGUUUCGACUUUUUCGGGAAAACCGGUUUUCGGGUAUCUAGGCAUGGUUUAUGCCAUGAUCAGUAUAGGUGUUCUUGGAUUUCUUGUUUGGGCUCAUCAUAUGUUUACUGUGGGCUUAGACGUUGAUACCCGUGCCUACUUCACCGCAGCUACCAUGAUCAUAGCUGUCCCCACUGGAAUCAAAAUCUUUAGUUGGAUCGCUACCAUGUGGGGGGGUUCGAUACAAUACAAAACACCCAUGUUAUUUGCUGUAGGGUUCAUCUUUUUAUUC